GCCGCCAAGCUGGAAGAAACCCAGGGCAACGAGAAGAUGGUGGAGCUGAUUUUGACGCGAGCCAUCGACUCCCUGGCCGCCAAUGGCGUGACACCGGACCGCGACAUGUGGUUGAAGCAAGCGGAAGAGGCAGAGAAGACGGGCUUCAUCAAGACGUGCCAGGCCAUCAUCAAGGUGACCAUCAAGGUCGGUGUCGACGAAGAUGUCAAGGGCAUGAAGCAGAACUGGAUCCAGGAUGCAGAUGCUGCAAUCAACAGAAACUCCAUCGAGGUCGCCCGGGCCAUCUACAACAAUGCGGUCAUGCACCUGAAGGGCAAGAAGGGCCUUUGGCUCCGCUUGGCCGAGCUGGAAACCAAGUACGGCAACGCGGAGUCGCUGGACAAC